AUGGUUGCUACUAGAAGGUCUGCUGCUGAUCAGGCUAGUGUUGAACUAAAUCGUAAAGGGAAAAUGGUUGAAAAAAUCAGAACAUCAAGUCCACCAAGAUCGGAUUCCAUACCAAAUCGAGAAAUCAACAAAUAUAAUAAUUCAUCUUCACCUGUAGAAACAACAACACCAGAGUUGAAUAUGAAUCAAUCAGAGAAGAAGAAGGAAACUAGAGGACGAAAGAGAAAGAGUUCUGAGCUUGUUUCUGCUACUGAAGUCCAACCAAUUCUUAAGAUAGAAACUAGGGGUCGUAAGAGAAAAAAUCCUGUAAACACGGUAAAACAAGAGCCAACAACUUCACCAAUAUUAAAGAAACCAUCCUUUGGAUCUCUGGCUGAGAACCAGAUAAACAAUAAACAUAAUAUUCUUCACUUGCUAACUGAUGAUAAUUCACUUCCACCUCCACCUCCACCUCCACCUCCACCGGAUGCACCUGCUUUAUUCGUUGAAACCAUGAGUCCCUCGUCGUCUGCUGUUAUAAGCAAUGGCCGUAUUCCUAUCACUUCAAUAAUAUCCCAAAAGAUUGACACGAACGGCCCUGAUGAUUUGACACCUUUGUCUGGAAGUCCAGCCCCUGAAAGCCCGGAUUCUGGUUCGCUGUCGGCAUAUUCCAAUGGUUCUGAUAAGAAAACAAAGAGAAGAUAUCGCGUAGAUCGAGAUAACAUUAAGAUCAACAAGAGAAUAAUGUCAAAGGAUACCGAAGAUGUUAUUGCUAUGUUUAAGAAGUUUGAUGAUGAAGUAUUGACAAAUACAGAAGCAAAACAAAGAUUAUUGUCCCUUGGAUUCGAAACUAGAAAGAGAUAUAUUACCACAUUCAAGCAUUAUAUUAGAUUCUGUUGUAAGAAGAAUCUAAGCAAUUUCUUUGUUACCGGUGAAUUAAUGAAAGAGUUUUAUGAAGAACAAUUUGCAAUGUCAUCUUCUACCAAUCCUGUUAUUAGAUUGAGAAAAAUGGAUCCAGCAUUUUCAAAGUUACAAGAAAUUAAUUUUUUGGUUUAUCAUUUACCCACAAAAGAGAUCCCUAAUAGACACAUUGCUUUAGAAUAUUUGAUUUACAAAGAAGGUGGGAAUGAAUCAGGUGCAGGCUUGCAAUCUAUGAAAUCAUCAGCAAAAUCAUCAGCUUCGCCAGCACCAGUUGAAACUAUAAAGAAAAAGCUCACAGCUCCAAACACGAAGAAGAAAACAGUUAAAGUACAAACAAAAAAGAAGGCAGCCGUCGAGAAUAGAGAUGAAACGGCAUUGAUGACUCCACCUGAACAUUCUGAGACUCAUCCAUUCCCAGAUCAUAUUGCAACACCAAAAACUGAAACUAGCUCACCCAUUCCAACACCAAUUCCUACUAAGAAGCCUUCGAAUAAAAAGCAAAAGAAUUUAGAUGUAAAGGAACUUCGAAGUUCAUUCAACGUGUUGCGCUCCCAAAUCCAGAAUAUCUUAAAAGCCAAUGUUUCCAUCGAACCAGCUGCUAUAAGCAACAUAGCAACCCAGAUCAACCGAUCCUUAGAUGAAUUUGAUCAUACAUUAACAACCCCAACUGUCCUGGGAACUAAGGCUGUCCCAACGAUUGAUAUUAACCAUGAUAUUUUUACAGUUUAUGAAAUUUGUGAAGAAUGGUUUAGAAUCGAACCAUCGAUUGAAUCUCGAUUACAAAAAUGGGGAGAGGAUUGGAUAACUGAUGAAAUAGACCACGCUACAUUUUUGGAAAGAAAAGCAAUUGUUGAAUUUGUACAAAAGAUGAGUAAAGAAUGUGGAGUAGAUGAUAUUUUCAUUGUGGCAAAUGAUUGUGAUAGAUACAUUAGAGACAAAUCCAUCUUGGAUGAAUUCAUUAGUGAAAUUGAAUUAGAUUUUAAUGAUUUGUUUAAGCGAGUUAUUAGACAUAGACAGCGGAGAAGUUGA